AUGAACGGUCAUGCUCGCCUGCGCUCGUCUCGGAGCUGUGCACUUCGUCGUCUUUGGCGGGUUGCAACGCUUGAGCUGGCUACUCGCAUUGAAGAUGCGAAGCCCAAGCUGAUCAUCUCAGCGAGCUGCGGUGUGGAGCCCAAGGAUAUCAUCGACUACGGACCGCUGCUCAAUGGAGCGAUCGAGCGUUCGAGCUGGAACCCCAAUAAGGCUGUCAUGACGCAAUGCGAUCUCUGUCCGUUCCCUAUGACCAAAGGCCGUGACGCGACAGGAGAGAUGUGA